AAAGCUGCCGGAAAUAAAGUAAUUAACAACAACAACAACCGUAACAACGAAUGACCGCACAGGUUAAAGCUGCCAGAAAUAAAGCAAUUAACAACAACAACAAUCGUAACAACAGGAUGCCCAAACUUGCCGGCAAGCGUCCCCCCAAACGUGGCCGUCGCAAAGCCAAUCCGCCACCCAGCGCCGCAUCCUCCGACUCCGGUUCGCUCUGCCGCGUUUGCGCCAACUGGUUCCCGGACCAGUCGGCGAUGAUCGCCCUCGGCAGUCGCACCGUCCUUCGAGACGUGUGCACGCCGGCGGAAGCGAUCGUCGCGAUUGGUGGGUGGUCCGUUGAGGAGGGCGAGGACGCCGGGUUGCCCCAGUUUUGCUGUGAGGCGUGUUUUGGCCAGCUGGAGGUGGCGUACGGGGUGCGCAGGAUGUGCCGCGAGUCGGACUGGAAGUUGAGGAAGUUGUUGGCGAAGGAAGCGGAGGUGAAUCCGCUGGAUACGGUCGAGGUGGUUUGUAAGGCUGAUGAUACGGAGGAAGUUGUCAUGGAGGAGGAAGAGGUUAAGGAUGAACCGGUUGUGGAUGACAACGAGGACAAUAACGACGGAUUUGAGGAGAACGUUGAAGAAAACUCAAACGAGGAAUCGGAAUCUUCAGAACAACCCCAAUCGAAACGCACCAAGUUAUUGAUCAGCGAAGAUCUGUACGAAGAAGUACAGGCGAGUGCGUUCCGUUGCUGCGGUUGCUGGCGAUCGUUCGAAACACAAGCUGAGCUGUACGAGCAUGGACAGGUCGAGCACAUCUCCAAGAAACUCUCAAAGGAAAAAUUGGGCUCCAAAGUCCAGUGUGACAUCUGUUACAAAACGCUACAUAGAACUCAACAGUUGCUUCUACAUCGAUCGAAGGACAAGUUUGAGUACCGCUGUAAAACGUGUGGCGAAACGUUCAUCAACCGAGUCCGGGUGAGCACGCACUACCGCACGAUCCACGGGCCAAACGCGACCGUAUGCGGAACAACGCGGAUCUGCUGUGGUUGUGCAGAGAACUUCCCAUCGCCAGAAGCCCUGUCAACCCACAGUGAAGCCGUUCACCUCCCGAACCGUCCUCCACCGAACCCGGAACGGCCGUUCGUGUGUGACAUCUGCUACAGCAACUACCUAAACGAUCAAAGCCUGCAAAAACACAAAACCCGGUUCACGUCCAAAGUCAAGAAGUACCAGUGCACCCAAUGCGGGAAACAAUUCUUCUACCCCGGCAAACUCAGCGAUCACGAGAAGACCCAUCUCGGCGAGAAGGUCUUCCAAUGUCCCGAAUGCCCAGCGGCCUACGUCAGCCGGGAGUCACUGCGCAAACACAUCCAGCGCCACACGAUGCCCGAGGACAAAUACAAAUGCCCGGAAUGUGGCCGCUGCUACCGCUCCUCAAAGAACCUCAAGGAACACCUCAACCUGCACACCGGCGAGCGCCCGUUCGUCUGCACGUUCGACGAUUGCACCGCCGCCUUCGCCCGGGACACCUCGCUGGCCAAGCACAUCCUGACGCACACCGGCCGGAAGGACUACCAGUGCGGCCUGUGUGGGAAGCGCUUCGGCGGCAACUCCAGUCUGCGGGCGCACGUCAGCUUCACCCACAACAAGGAGCGACCGUUUGGGUGUUUCUUCUGCGAGCGGCGCUACCCGCGCAAGGACUACCGCAGGCGCCACAUGGAGAGUGCCCACGCGGCGGAACUGGCGGCGAAUCCGCUGCCGGCGAUCGAGCUGGCCGGGUCGACGCAGUGGUUGAAUAAAUAGUAUUAUUAUGAGGA